UACAGUUUACGUUCCGCACACGGUAACAAUCCACGCGUCGGUGUCAAAACGAAAGUAAAAGCCAAAGAAAAAUUCGUUUAACAAAAGCGAUGCCCCGCUGCUUCACGGGGAAAUCAGCUGCAGAUUCUGCCUUCCCGCAGCGCGUCAACAGCCGGUCUUCUGACAUUUCUACUAAAGUAGCGCAGUUUAGUCGCGGAAGUAUUUUCCCGAUAUGGUAAUAGACAUGACUAUAAAUUUACUGGUAGAACAUUUCGACAAGGCAGGCCAAAUCGACAGAACACCGGAACCGUCUUGAGCAGCAGCCUUGUCCGAGAGCGAGUGGGUCUUGGCUAGAAACUAGGGAAAAGGCAAUGUUGUCUAGUUACCGUGGAGUGCCUCUCGGUUGCGAGGCGAGCUGCCUUUUUAAAGAUACCCGGCGUCUUGUACAAAUCCGCCGCAGGCGCGGCUUGUUUCACUCUCGUCCGGUGCGGCGGGGUGUCUGUCUGCGUGCGCACGCAGCUGUGCUGAGGCGUUCCUGCAAUGUCCAGAGCGCUGUAGGGGGCGGUGUUUGCUGGUGUGAAACGGGAAGUGGGUGGUGUGGUGUGAUGGAGAGCUGAGCCCCGACCGGCGACCAUAAACCUCAUGUGGGAUGCCAGAAAAGGCUCGGGGGUUCCUCACCUCCAGUGCGUUUUGGAAAUCCACGGACGACAAGAUCAAGUUGGACUGGUUGUCCUGAUGUUCUUUGUACAAGAGGCAGAGACCAGAGCUCGAGUUGUCCUGACUGCUGAUCCGCAGAGGUCAAAUGUGUGGUCAGGGGAGACUGUGCGUCUUACCUGUAAGGUUGAGGAUUCAGAUCCAUUCAUCCGAUGGGAAUAUACCUGGAAGAAGCUAAGAGAAACUAAAGAGACCACACUCUCCUCCUAUACUGGAGAAGGAUUCUCUGCUUACACCCUGAGUCAUGUGACUGAGUCUGACAGUGCUCAGUAUCGGUGUGAAGCAAAGGUUGAAAAUCGCGAGAUAAUCAGCUCUCCACAUACUCUGACAGUGACAUGGGAGGCCCCCAAACCCCUGCUGACUCUGGACCCCCCCAGUGGAGAGAUCUUCACAGGAGAUACAGUGACCCUGAGCUGUAGGGCUGGCACAGAUCCUGCUGGCUGGGAGUAUCUCUGGUACAAAGAUACACUGGGAGCAGCACUGACCAGCACUGACUCCAGCAGCACUGACGGGUCCAGUUACACCAUCCACUCUGCUGCAGUUUCACAUGGUGGACAGUACUGGUGCCAAGCAUUGAGAGGGAAACCCGCUUUGUACACACCGUACAGUGACUCUCUCCAACUCAGCAUAACUGCUCCACCACCUGCUGUGCUAACCCUGAACCCUGCAUGGACGAAGUUCUACCCCACUGAGAAAGUGACUCUCAAAUGUGAGAUUCAGACCCCUCAGACUGAGUGGAGUUAUCUGUGGUACGGAGAUGGAGCCCCUAUCAACAGUACGCUCUCCAGCAGUGGAAAUGAGUACACAAUCCCAGCUCUAGAUCAGUCACACAGUGGAAUAUACUCCUGCCAAGGGAGAAAACCAGGAAGUGAUGUUUACACUGCAAAGAGCAAUGAUGUGACACUGACUGUAGAUGCACUCCCACCCGUGGUUCUGACUCUACAGACUGGAUGGACAAGCAUCUUUAACAGAGAGAGAGCGGCUCUGCACUGUGGCAUUCAGGACAGCUCUCCUGUGUGGACGCAUAAAUGGUACAGAGAUGGACGAGAACUUCCUGUGGGCACAGCUGAAGUCACCUAUGAGAUCCUGUCUGCUGUUCAGUCAGACUCAGGAACAUACACAUGCAAAGGACAACAUAAUGAAAGAGAACUGUAUACUGGCAGCAGCAAUAUGGUUGCACUCAAAGUUAAUGGGGAGGCCCCCAAACCCCUGCUGACUCUGGACCCCCCCAGUGGAGAGAUCUUCACAGGAGAUACAGUGACCCUGAGCUGCAGGGCUGGCACUGAUCCUGCUGCCUGGGAGUAUCUCUGGUUCAAAGAAACACGGGGAGCAGCACUGACCAACACUGACUCCAGCAGCACUGACGGGUCCCGUUACACCAUCCAAUCUGCUGCAGUUUCACAUGGUGGAGAGUACUGGUGCCUAGCGAGGAGAGGGAGCCCCACUGUCUACACACCGUACAGUGACUCUCUCCAGCUCAGUAUAACUGCUCUCCCAUCCGUGGUUCUGACUCUACAGCCUGGAUGGACACACAUCUUUAACAGAGAGAGAGCGGCUCUGCACUGUGACAUUCAGGACCGCUCUCCUGUGUGGAUGCAUAAAUGGUACAGAGAUGGACAAGAACUUCCUGUGGGCACAGCUGAGGACACCUAUGAGAUCCUGUCUGCUGUUCAGUCAGACUCAGGAACAUACACAUGUAAAGGACAACAUAAUGAAAGAGAACUGUAUACUGGCAGCAGCAAUAUGGUUGCACUCAAAGUUAAUGGGGAGGCCCCCAAACCCCUGCUGACUCUGGACCCCCCCAGUGGAGAGAUCUUCACAGGAGAUACAGUGACCAUGAGCUGCAGGGUUGGCACAAAUCCUGCUGGCUGGGAGUAUCUGUGGUACAAAGAAACACGGGGAGCAGCACUGGCCAGCACUGACUCCAGCAGCACUAACGGGUCCAGUUGCACCAUCCACUCUGCUGCAGUUUCACAUGGUGGAGAGUACUGGUGCCGAGCAUGGAGAGGGAAACCCCCUUUCUACACACCGUACAGUGACUCUCUCCAGCUCAGCAUAACUGCUCCACCGCCUGCUGUGCUAUCCCUGAACCCUGCAUGGAGGAAGUUCUACCCCACUGAGAAAGUGACUCUCAAAUGUGAGAUUAAGUUCAUUCAGACUGAGUGGAGUUAUCUGUGGUACAGAGAUGGAGCCUCUAUGAACAGUGUGCCCUCCAGAGGAAAUGAGUACACAAUCCCGGCUCUAAAUCAGUCACAUAGUGGACGAUACUCCUGCAAAGGAGCAAUACCAGGAAGAGAUGUUUACACUGAAAAGAGCAAAAAUUUGACCCUGACUGUAGAUGGGGAGGCCCCCAAACUCCUGCUGACUCUGGACCCCCCCAGUGGAGAGAUCUUCACAGGAGAUAGGGUGACCCUGAGCUGCAGGGUUGGCACUGAUCCUGCUGGCUGGGAGUAUCUGUGGUACAAAGAAACACAGGGAGCAGCACUGACCAGCACUGACUCCAGCAGCACUGACGGGUCCAGUUACACCAUCCUCUCUGCUGCAGUUUCACAUGGUGGAGAGUACUGGUGCCGAGCAGGGAGAGGGAGCCCCACUGUCUACACACCGUACAGUGACUCUCUCCAGCUCAGCAUAACUGCUCCACCGCCUGCUGUGCUAACCCUGAACCCUGCAUGGAGGAAGUUCUACCCCACUGAGAAAGUGACUCUCAAAUGUGAGAUUAAGUUCAUUCAGACUGAGUGGAGUUAUCUGUGGUACAGAGAUGGAGCCUCUAUGAACAGUGCGCUCUCCAGAGAAGAUGAGUACACAAUCCCAGCUCUAAAUCAGUCACACAGUGGAAGAUACUCCUGCAAAGGAGCAAUACCAGGAAGAGCUGUUUACACUGAAAUGAGCAAAGAUGUGACCCUGACUGUAGAUGGGGAGGCCCCCAAACCCCUGCUGACUCUGGACCCCCCCAGUGGAGAGAUCUUCACAGGAGAUACAGUGACCCUGAGCUGCAGGGCUGGCACAGAUCCUGCUGGCUGGGAGUAUCUCUGGUUCAAAGAAACACAGGGAGCAGCACUGACCAGCACUGACUCCAGCAGCACUGACGGGUCCAAUUACACCAUCCGCUCUGCUGCAGUUUCACAUGGUGGAGAGUACUGGUGCCGAGCAGGGAGAGGGAGACUCGCUUUCUACACACCGUACAGUGACUCUCUCCAGCUCAGCAUAACUGCUCCACCACCUGCUGGGCUAACCCUGAACCCUGCAUGGAGGAAGUUCUACCCCACUGAGAAAGUGACUCUCAAAUGUGAGAUUCAGACCCGUCAGACUGAGUGGGGUUAUAUGUGGUACAGAGAUGGAGCCCCUAUCAACAGUGCGCUCUCCAGAGAAGAUGAGUACACAAUCCCAGCUCUAGAUCAGUCACACAGUGGAAGAUACUCCUGCAGAGGAGGAAUACCAGGAAGAGCUGUUUACACUGAAAUGAGCAAAGAUGUGAUCCUGACUGUAGGUGGGGAGGCCCCCAAACCCCUGCUGGCUGUGGACCCCCCCAGUGGAGAGAUCUUCACAGGAGAUACAGUGACCCUGAGCUGCAGGGCUGGCACAGAUCCUGCUGGCUGGGAGUAUCUCUGGUUCAAAGAAACACAGGGAACAGCACUGAACAGCACUGACUCCAGCAGCACUGAUGGGUCCAAUUACACCAUCCACUCUGCUGCAGUUUCACAUGGUGGAGAGUACUGCUGCCGAGCAAGGAGAGGGAGACCCCCUUUCUACACACCGUACAGUGACUCUCUCCAGCUCAACAUAACUGCUCCACCGCCUGCUGUGCUAUCCCUGAACCCUGCAUGGAGGAAGUUCUACCCCACUGAGAAAGUGACUCUCAAAUGUGAGAUUAAGUUCAUUCAGACUGAGUGGAGUUAUCUGUGGUACAGAGAUGGAGCCUCUAUGAACAGUGCGCUCUCCAGAGGAAAUGAGUACACAAUCCCAGCUCUAGAUCAGUCACACAGUGGAAGAUACUCCUGCAGAGGGAGAAUACCAGGAAGAGCUGUUUACACUAAAAUGAGCAAUGAUGUGAGCCUGACUGUAGAUGCUCGUCCUCAGGCUGUGCUGACUCUGGAGACUGCAUGGACAGAGAUCUUCAGGUCAGACAGUCUGACUCUGAGGUGUCAGGUUGAGGGGAGCUCUGCUGAGUGGAACUACACAUGGUACAGAGACGGACGGCAUCUUCCACUGGACCUCAGCAGGGUCAGACUCACACUCACCGCUGGAAACGACUCUUACAGCAGUGAAUAUAAAUGCAGAGGAAACCGAACAGGCCAACCGUCUUACACAGAGAUCAGCGAAGGAUUUAGAGAAAACAACAUUGGCCUAAAGCGGAAAGUUCUGGUUUCUGUGGCCAGCUCAGUCUUGCUCGGACUCAUCCUCACAGUCUUGGGCUGUGUUUGCCUGAGAAGGAAAAGGCAGUUGGCUUACAAGAUGACACCACAGAAUGACAUGUUUUUGUCAAAGCCACCCACAGAAAACCUGUGUGCGGACCUUGAACAUGUCAGUAAUGAAGAACAAUCCACUGAAGCAAAAGCUGCUUGCAGCAUUGAACUUUAUUCUAUUCUGGACCUGAAAACAAAGACUGAAGUACUCCCACCAAAACAGAAUCCAGAAGAUCUCACAUCAUUCAAAGGUACUGCGUUAAUGUUGAAUGCAUGUUUUAGGAAGCCAUUUCACAUCCUUUGUUUUCACUGGGAUAAUAUUUCUUCUCUAGAGACCAGAGCUCGAAUUGUCCUGACUGCUGAUCCGCAGAGGUCAAAUGUGUGGUCAGGGGAGACUGUGCGUCUUACCUGUAAGGUUGAGGAUUCAGAUCCAUUCAUCCGAUGGGAAUAUACCUGGAAGAAGCUAAGAGAAGCUAAAGAGACCACAUUCAAGUCCUAUACUGGAGAAGGAUUCUCUACUUAUAUCCUGAGUCGUGUGACUGAGUCUGACAGUGCUCAGUAUAGGUGUGAAGCAAAGACUGAAAAUCGCAAGAUAAUCAGCUCUCCACAUACUCUGACAGUGACAUCUCUACAAUCUUCUGUGAUAACUCUGAACCCUGCAUGGAGGAAGUUCUAUCCCACUGAGAAAGUGACUCUCAAAUGUGAGAUUCAGUCCCGUCAGACUGAGUGGGGUUAUCUGUGGUACAGAGAUGGAGCUCCUAUCAACAAUGCGCUCUCCAGAGGAAAUGAGUUCACAAUCCCAGCUCUAGAUCAGUCACACAGAGGAAGAUACUCCUGCAGAGGAGGAACACCAGGAAGCCCUGUUUACACUGAAAUGAGCAAAGAUGUGACUCUGACUGUAGAUGCACUCCCACCCGUGGUUCUGACUCUACAGACUGGAUGGACAAACAUCUUUAACAGAGAGAGAGCGACUCUGCACUGUGACAUUCAGGACCCCUCUCCUGUGUGGAUACAUAAAUGGUACAGAGAUGGACGAGAACUUCCUGUGGACAUGAAUGAGGACACCUAUGAGAUCCUGUCUGCUGCUCAAUCAGACGCAGGAACAUACUCAUGUCAAGGACAACAUAAGGAAAGAGUACUUUUUACUGGCAGCAGCAAUAUGGUUGCACUCAAAGUUAACGGGGAGGCCCCCAAACCCCUGCUGACUCUGGAGCCCCCCAGUGGAGAGAUCUUCACAGGAGAUACAGUGACCCUGAGCUGUAAGGCUGGCACUGAUCCUGCUGGCUGGGAGUAUCUCUGGUUCAAAAAAACACGGGGAGCAGCACUGACUAGCACUGACUCCAGCAGCACUGACGGGUCCAGUUACACCAUCCGCUCUGCUGCAGUUUCACAUGGUGGAGAGUACUGGUGCAGAGCAGGGAGAGGGAAACCCCCUUUCUACACACUGUACAGUGACUCUCUCCAGCUCAGCAUAUCUGCUCCACCGCCUGCUGUGCUAACCCUGAACCCUGCAUGGAGGAAGUUCUACCCCACUGAGAAAGUGACUCUCAAAUGUGAGAUUCAGUCCCGUCAGACUGGGUGGAGUUAUCUGUGGUACAGAGAUGGAGCCUCUAUGAACAGUGCGCUCUCCAGAGGAAAUGAGUACACAAUCCCAGCUCUAGAUCAGUCACACAGAGGAAGAUACUCCUGCAGAGGAGGUUUACCAGGAAGAGAUGUUUACACUGAAAUGAGCAAAGAUGUGACUCUGACCGUAGAUGCUCCACCACCUGCUGUGCUAACCCUGAACCCUGCAUGGAGGACGUUCUACCCCACUGAGAAAGUGACUCUCAAAUGUGAGAUUCAGUCCCGUCAGACUGAGUGGGGUUAUCUGUGGUACAGAGAUGGAGCCCCUAUCAACAGUGCGCUCUCCAGAGGAAAUGAGUUCACAAUCCCAGCUCUAGAUCAGUCACACAAUGGGAGAUACUCCUGCAGAGGGAAAAUACCAGGAAGAGAUGUUUACACUGAAAUGACCAAAGAUGUGACUCUGACUGUAGAUGCACUCCCACCCGUGGUUCUGACUGUACAGACUGGAUGGACAAACAUCUUUAACAGAGAGAGAGUGACUCUGCACUGUGACAUUCAGGACCGUUCUCCUGUGUGGAUGCAUAAAUGGUACAGAGAUGGACGAGAACUUCCUGUGGGCACAGCUGAGGACACCUAUGAGAUCCUGUCUGUUGUUCAGUCAGACUCAGGGACAUACACAUGUAAAGGAGAGCAUAAGGAAAGAGUACGGUACACUGGCAGCAGCAAUAUGGUUGCACUCAAAGUUAAUGCUCCACCGCCUGCUGUGCUAUCCCUGAACCCUGCAUGGAGGAAGUUCUACCCCACUGAGAAAGUGACUCUCAAAUGUGAGAUUCAGACCCGUCAGACUGGGUGGAGUUAUCUGUGGUACAGAGAUGGAGCCCCUUUCAACAGUGAGGACUCCAGUAGUGGAAAUGAGUUCACAAUCCCAGCUCUAGAUCAGUCACACAGUGGAAAAUACUCCUGCAGAGGGAAAAUACCAGGAAGAGAUGUUUACACUAACGUUAGCAACGAUGUGACACUUAAUGUAGAUGCACUCCCACCCGUGGUUCUGACUCUACAGACUAGAUGGACAAACAUCUUUAACAGAGAGAGAGCGGCUCUGCACUGUGACAUUCAGGACCGCUCUGCUGUGUGGAUGCAUAAAUGGUACCGAGAUGGACAAGAACUUCCUGUGGGCACAGCUGAGGACGCCUAUGAGAUCCUGUCUGCUGUUCAGUCAGAUGCAGGAACAUACACAUGUCAAGGACAGCAUAAGGAAAGAGUACUGUACACUGGCAUCAGCAGUACAGUUGCACUCAAAGUUUCUGGGGAGGCCCCAAAACCCCUGCUGACUCUGGACCCCCCCAGUGGAGAGAUCUUCACAGGAGAUACAGUGACCCUAAGAUGUAGGGCUGGCACAGAUCCUGCUGGCUGGGAGUAUCUGUGGUACAAAGAAACACAGGGAGCAGCACUGACCAGCACUGACUCCAGCAGCACUGACGGGUCCAGUUACACCAUCCGCUCUGCUGCAGUUUCACAUGGUGGAGAGUACUGGUGCAGAGCAGGGAGAGGGAGACCCGCUUUCUACACACUGUACAGUGACUCUCUCCAGCUCAACAUAACUGCUCCACCACCUGCUGUGCUAACCCUGAACCCUGCAUGGAGGAAGUUCUACCCCACUGAGAAAGUGACUCUCAAAUGUGAGAUUCAGACCCAUCAGACUGAGUGGAGUUAUCUGUGGUACAGAGAUGGAGCCUCUAUGAACAGUGUGCUCUACAGAGGAAAUGAGUACACAAUCCCAGCUCUAGAUCAGUUACACAGAGGAAGAUACUCCUGCAGAGGGAAAAUACCAGGAAGAGCUGUUUACACUGAAAUGAGCAAAGAUGUGACUCUGACUGUAGAUGCACUCCCGUCCGUGGUUCUGACUCUACAGACUGGAUGGAAAAACAUCUUUAACAGAGAGAGAGCGACUCUUCACUGUCACAUUCAGGACCACUCUGCUGUGUGGAUGCAUAAAUGGUACAGAGAUGGACGAGAACUUCCUGUGGGCACAGCUGAGGACACCUAUGAGAUCCUGUCUGCUGUUCAGUCAGACUCAGGAACAUACACAUGUAAAGGACAACAUAAGGAAAAAGUACUGUACACUGGCACCAGCAAUAUGGUUGCACUCAAAGUUAAUGGGGAGGCCCCCAAACCCCUGCUGACUCUGGACCGCCCCAGUGGAGAGAUCUUCACAGGAGAUACAGUGACCCUGAGCUGCAGGGUUGGCACAGAUCCUGCUGGCUGGGAGUAUCUCUGGUUCAAAAAAACACAGGGAGCAGCACUGACCAGCACUGACUCCAGCAGCACUGACGGGUCCAGUUACACCAUCCACUCUGCUGCAGUUUCACAUGGUGGAGAGUACUGGUGCCGAGCAGUGAGAGGGAGACCCCCUUUCUACACACCGUACAGUGACUCUCUCCAGCUCAGCAUAACUGCUCCACCGCCUGCUGUGCUAACCCUGAACCCUGCAUGGAGGAAGUUCUACCCCACUGAGAAAGUGACUCUCAAAUGUGAGAUUAAGUUCAUUCAGACUGAGUGGAGUUAUCUGUGGUACAGAGAUGGAGCCUCUAUGAACAGUGCGCUCUCCAGAGGAAAUGAGCACACAAUCCCAGCUCUAGAUCAGUCACACAGAGGAAGAUACUCCUGCAAAGGAGCAAUACCAGGAAGAGCUGUUUACACUAAAAUGAGCAAAGAUGUGACCCUGACUGUAGAUGCUCUACAAUCUCCUGUGCUAACCCUGAACCCUGCAUGGAGGAAGUUCUACCCCACUGAGAAAGUGACUCUCAAAUGUGAGAUUCAGUCCCGUCAGACUGAGUGGAGUUAUCUGUGGUACAGAGAUGGAGCCUCUAUCAACAGUACGCUCUCCAGCAGUGGAAAUGAGCACACAAUCCCAGCUCUAAAUCAGUCACACAGUGGAAUACACUCCUGCCGAGGGAGAAAACCAGGAAGAGAUGUUUACACUGAAAAGAGCAAUGAUGUGACCCUGACUGUAGAUGCUCUCCCAGGCGUGGUUCUGACUCUACAGACUGGAUGGACAUACGUCUUUAUCGGAGAGAGUGAGACUCUGCACUGUGACAUUCAGGACCACUCUGCUGUGUGGAUGCAUAAAUGGUACAGAGAUGGACGAGAACUUCCUGUGGGCACAGCUGAGGACACCUAUGAGAUCCUGUCUGCUGUUCAGUCAGACUCAGGAACAUACACAUGUAAAGGACAGCAUAAGGAAAGAGUACUGUACACUGGCAGCAGCAACGCGAUCACAAUCAAAGUUAAUGCUCCACCGCCUGCUGUGCUAUCCCUGAACCCUGCAUGGAGGAAGUUCUACCCCACUGAGAAAGUGACUCUCAAAUGUGAGAUUAAGUUCAUUCAGACUGAGUGGAGUUAUCUGUGGUACAGAGAUGGAGCCUCUAUGAACAGUGUGCCCUCCAGAGGAAAUGAGUACACAAUCCCGGCUCUAAAUCAGUCACAUAGUGGACGAUACUCCUGCAAAGGAGCAAUACCAGGAAGAGAUGUUUACACUGAAAAGAGCAAAAAUUUGACCCUGACUGUAGAUGGGGAGGCCCCCAAACCCCUGCUGACUCUGGACCCCCCCAGUGGAGAGAUCUUCACAGGAGAUAUGGUGACCCUGAGCUGCAGGGUUGGCACUGAUCCUGCUGGCUGGGAGUAUCUGUGGUACAAAGAAACACAGGGAGCAGCACUGACCAGCACUGACUCCAGCAGCACUGACGGGUCCAGUUACACCAUCCUCUCUGCUGCAGUUUCACAUGGUGGAGAGUACUGGUGCCGAGCAGGGAGAGGGAGCCCCACUGUCUACACACCGUACAGUGACUCUCUCCAGCUCAGCAUAACUGCUCUACAAUCUUCUGUGAUAACUCUGAACCCUGCAUGGAGGAAGUUCUAUCCCACUGAGAAAGUGACUCUCAAAUGUGAGAUUCAGUCCCAUCAGGCUGGGUGGAGUUAUCUGUGGUACAGAGAUGGAGCCCCUAUCAACAUUGCGCUCUCCAGAGGAAAUGAGUACACAAUCCCGGCUCUAGAUCAGUCACACAGUGGAAUAUACUCCUGCAGAGGAGGAACACCAGGAAGCCCUGUUUACACUGAAAAGAGCAAAGAUGUGACUCUGACUGUAGAUGCACUCCCACCCGUGGUUCUGACUCUACAGACUGGAUGGACAAACAUCUUUAACAGAGAGAGAGCGACUCUGCACUGUGACAUUCAGGACCCCUCUCCUGUGUGGAUACAUAAAUGGUACAGAGAUGGACGAGAACUUCCUGUGGACAUGAAUGAGGACACCUAUGAGAUCCUGUCUGCUGCUCAAUCAGACGCAGGAACAUACUCAUGUCAAGGACAACAUAAGGAAAGAGUACUUUAUACUGGCAGCAGCAAUAUGGUUGCACUCAAAGUUAACGGGGAGGCCCCCAAACCCCUGCUGACUCUGGAGCCCCCCAGUGGAGAGAUCCUCACAGGAGAUACAGUGACCCUGAGCUGUAAGGCUGGCACUGAUCCUGCUGGCUGGGAGUAUCUCUGGUUCAAAAAAACACGGGGAGCAGCACUGACCAGCACUGACUCCAGCAGCACUGAUGGGUCCAGUUACACCAUCCGCUCUGCUGCAGUUUCACAUGGUGGAGAGUACUGGUGCCAAGCAUGGAGAGGGAAACCCCCUUUCUACACACUGUACAGUGACUCUCUCCAGCUCAGCAUAUCUGCUCCACCGCCUGCUGUGCUAACCCUGAACCCUGCAUGGAGGAAGUUCUACCCCACUGAGAAAGUGACUCUCAAAUGUGAGAUUCAGUCCCGUCAGACUGGGUGGAGUUAUCUGUGGUACAGAGAUGGAGCCCCUAUCAAUAGCAAAGGAAAUAUGUUCACAAUCCCUGCUUUAGCUGAGUCACACAGUGGAAGUUUCUCCUGCAGAGGGAAAAUACCAGGAAGAGAUGUUUACACUGAAAUGACCAAAGAUGUGACUCUGACUGUAGAUGCACUCCCACCCGUGGUUCUGACUGUACAGACUGGAUGGACAAACAUCUUUAACACAGAGAGAGCAGCUCUGCGCUGUGACAUUCAGGACCGCUCUCCUGUGUGGAUGCAUAAAUGGUACAGAGAUGGACGAGAACUUCCUGUGGGCACAGCUGAGGACACCUAUGAGAUCCUGUCUGCUGUUCAGUCAGACUCAGGGACAUACACAUGUAAAGGACAGCAUAAGGAAAGAGUAUGGUACACUGGCAGCAGCAAUACGGUUGCACUCACAGUUAAUGCUCCACCGCCUGCUAUGCUAACCCUGAACCCUGCAUGGAGGAAGUUCUACCCCACGGAGAAAGUGACUCUCAAAUGUGAGAUUCAGACCCGUCAGACUGGGUGGAGUUAUCUGUGGUACAGAGAUGGAGCCUCUUUCAACAGUGAGGACUCCAGUAGUGGAAAUGAGUUCACAAUCCCAGCUCUAGAUCAGUCACACAGUGGAAAAUACUCCUGCAGAGGGAAAAUACCAGGAAGAGAUGUUUACACUAACGUUAGCAACGAUGUGACACUUAAUGUAGAUGCACUCCCACCCGUGGUUCUGACUCUACAGACUGGAUGGACAAACAUCUUUAACAGAGAGAGAGCGGCUCUGCACUGUCUCAUUCAGGACCGCUCUGCUGUGUGGAUGCAUAAAUGGUACCGAGAUGGACAAGAACUUCCUGUGGGCACAGCUGAGGACGCCUAUGAGAUCCUGUCUGCUGUUCAGUCAGAUGCAGGAACAUACACAUGUAAAGGACAGCAUAAGGAAAGAGUACUGUACACUGGCAUCAGCAGUACAGUUGCACUCAAAGUUUCUGGGGAGGCCCCCAAACCCCUGCUGACUCUGGACCCCCCCAGUGGAGAGAUCUUCACAGGAGAUACAGUGACCCUAAGAUGUAGGGUUGGCAUAGAUCAUGUUGGCUGGGAGUAUCUGUGGUACAAAGAAACACAGGGAGCAGCACUGACCAGCACUGACUCCAGCAGCACUGACGGGUCCAGUUGCACCAUCCGCUCUGCUGCAGUUUCACAUGGUGGAGAGUACUGGUGCCGAGCAGGGAGAGGGAGACCCGCUUUCUACACACCGUACAGUGACUCUCUCCAGCUCAGCAUAACUGCUCUACAGUCUCCUGUGCUAACCCUGAACCCAGCAUGGACGAAGUUCUACCCCACUGAGAAAGUGACUCUCAAAUGUGAGAUUCAGUCCCGUCAGACUGAGUGGAGUUAUCUGUGGUACAGAGAUGGAGGCUCUAUGAUCAGUGCGCUCUCCAGCAGUGGAAAUGAGCACACAAUCCCGGCUCUAGAUCAGUCACACAGAGGAAGAUACUCCUGCCGAGGGAGAAAACCAGGAAGAGAUGUUUACACUGAAAUGAGCAAAGAUGUGACCCUGACUGUAGAUGCACUCCCACCCGUGGUUCUGACUCUACAGACUGGAUGGACAAACAUCUUUAACAGAGAGAGAGCGACUCUGCACUGUAGCAUUCAGGACCACUCUGCUGUGUGGAUGCAUAAAUGGUACAGAGAUGGACGAGAACUUCCUGUGGGCACAGCUGAGGACACCUAUGAGAUCCUGUCUGCAGUUCAGUCAGACUCAGGAACAUACACAUGUAAAGGACAGCAUAAGGAAAGAGUACUGUACACUGGCAGCAGCAACGCGAUCACACUCAAAGUUAAUGGGGAGGCCCCCAAACCCCUGCUGACUCUGGACCUCCCCAGUGGAGAGAUCUUCACAGGAGAUACAGUGACCCUGAGCUGCAGGGUUGGCACAGAUUCUGCUGGCUGGGAGUAUCUCUGGUUCAAAGAUACACUGGAAGAAACACUGACCAGCACUGACUCCAGCAGCACUGACGGGUCCAGUUCCACCAUCCGCUCUGCUGCAGUUUCACAUGGUGGAGAGUACUGGUGCGGAGCAAGGAGAGGGAGACCCACUUUCUACACACCGUACAGUGACUCUCUCCAGCUCAGCAUAUCUGCUCCACCGCCUGCUGUGCUAACCCUGAACCCUGCAUGGAGGAAGUUCUACCCCACUGACAAUGUGACUCUCAAAUGUGAGAUUAAGUUCAUUCAGACUGGGUGGGGUUAUAUGUGGUACAAAGAUGGAGCCCCUAUCAACAGUGCGCUCUCCGGAGAAGAUGAGUACACAAUCCCAGCUCUAGAUCAGUCACACAGAGGAAGAUACUCCUGCAGAGGAGCAAUACCAGGAAGAGCUGUUUACACUGAAAUGAGCAACAAUGAGACCCUGACUGUAGAUGGGGAGGCCCCCAAACCCCUGCUGACUCUGGACUCCCCCAGUGGAGUGAUCUUCACAGGAGAUACAGUGACCCUGAGCUGUAGGGCUGGCACAGAUCCUGCUGGCUGGGAGUAUCUGUGGUACAAAGAAACACAGGGAGCAGCACUGACCAGCACUGACUCCAGCAGCACUGACGGGUCCAGUUACACCAUCCACUCUGCUGCAGUUUCACAUGGUGGAGAGUACUGGUGCAGAGCAGGGAGAGGGAUACCCGCUUUCUACACACCGUACAGUGACUCUCUCCAGCUCAGCAUAACUGCUCCACCGCCUGCUGUGGUAACCCUGAACCCUGCAUGGAGGAAGUUCUACCCCACUGAGAAAGUGACUCUCAAAUGUGAGAUUGAGACCCGUCAGACUGAGUGGGAUUAUAUGUGGUACAGAGAUGGAGCCCCUAUCAACAGUGCGCUCUCCAGAGGAAAUGAGUUCACAAUCCCAGCUCUAGAUCAGUCACACAGAGGAAGAUACUCCUGCAGAGGGAGAAAACCAGGAAGAGAUGUUUACACUGAAAAGAGCAAAGAUGUGACCCUGACUGUAGAUGCUCGUCCUCAGGCUGUGCUGACUUUGGAGACUGCAUGGACAGAGAUCUUCAGGUCAGACAGUCUGACUCUGAGGUGUCAGGUUGAGGGGAGCUCUGCUGAGUGGAACUACACGUGGUACAGAGACGAACGGCAUCUUCCACUGGACCCCAGCGGGGACAGACUCACACUCACCGCUGGAAACGACUCUUUCAGCAGUGAAUAUAAAUGCAGAGGAAACCGAACAGGCCAACCGUCUUACACAGAGAUCAGCGAAAGAUUUAGAGAAAACAGCAUUCUUCUAAAGCGGAAAGUUCUGGUUUCUGUGGCCAGCUCAGUCUUGCUCGGACUCAUCCUCACAGUCUUGGGCUGUGUUUGCCUGAGAAAGAAAAGGAAGUUGGCUUACAAGAUGACACCACAGAAUGACAUGUUUUUGUCAAAGCCACCCACAGCUGCUUGCAGCAUUGAACUUUAUUCUGUUCUGGACCUGAAAACGAAGACUGAAGGCCUUGUUGUCCUGAUUGUCUUUGUACAAGAGACAGAGACCAGUGCUCGAGUUGUCCUGACUGCUGAUCCGCAAACGUCAAAUGUGAUGUCAGGGGAGACUGUGCGUCUUACCUGUAAGGUUGAGGGUUCAGAUCCAUCCACCCAAUGGGAAUAUUCCUGGAAGAAGCUAAGUGGAGCUAAAGAGACCACACUCUCCUCCUAUACUCGAGAAGCGUUCUCUACUUACACCCUGAGACGUGUGAUUGAGUCUGACAGUGCUCAGUAUUGGUGUGAUGCAAAGACUGAAAAUCACGAGAUAAUCAACUCUCCACAUACUCUGACAGUAACACCUCCACCGCCUGCUGUGCUAUCCCUGAACCCUGCAUGGGGGAAGUUCUACCCCACUGAGAAAGUGACUCUCAAAUGUGAGAUUCAGACCCGUCAGACUGGGUGGAGUUAUCUGUGGCACAAAGAUCGAGCCCGUAUCAACAGUGUGCUCUCCAAAGGAAAUGAGUUAACAUUCCCGGCUCUAGAUCAGUCACACAGUGGAAAAUACUCCUGCAAAGGGAAAAUACCAGGAAGUGAUGUUUACACUGAAAAGAGCAAUGACGUGACACUUACUGUAGAUGCACUCCCACCCGUGGUUCUGACUCUACAGACUAGAUGGACAGACAUCUUUAACACAGAGAGAGCGGCUUUGCACUGUGACAUUCAGGACCGCUCUCCUGUGUGGAUGCAUAAAUGGUACAGAGAUGGAAAAGAACUUCCUGUGGGCACGGCUGAGGACACCUAUAAGAUCCUGUCUGCUGUUCAGUCAGACUCGGGGACAUACACAUGUAAAGGACAGCAUAAGGAAAGAGUACGGGACACUGGCAGCAGCAAUACGGUUGCACUCAAAGUUAAUGCUCUACCGUCUGCAAUGCUAAUCCUGAACCCUGUAUGGAAGAGGUUCUACCCCACUGAGAAAGUGACUCUCAAAUGUGAGAUUCAGCCCCGUCAGACUGAGUGGAGUUAUCUGUGGUACAAAGAUGGAGCCCCUAUCAAUAGCAAAGGAAAUAUGUUCACAAUCCCUGCUUUAGCUGAGUCACACAGUGGAAGAUACUCCUGCAGAGGGAAAAUACCAGGAAGAGAUGUUUCCACUGAAAUGAGCAAAGAUGUGACUCUGACUGUAGAUGCACUCCCACCCGUGGUUCUGACUGUACAGACUGUAUGGACAAACAUCUUUAACACAGAGAGAGCAGCUCUGCACUGUGACAUUCAGGACCGCUCUCCUGUGUGGAUGCAUAAAUGGUACAGAGAUGGACGAGAACUUCCUGUGGGCACAGCUGAGGACACCUAUGAGAUCCUGUCUGCUGUUCAGUCAGACUCAGGGACAUACACAUGUAAAGGACAGCAUAAGGAAAGAGUAUGGUACACUGGCAGCAGCAAUACGGUUGCACUCACAGUUAAUGCUCCACCGCCUGCUGUGCUAUCCCUGAACCCUGCAUGGAGGAAGUUCUACCCCACUGAGAAAGUGACUCUCAAAUGUGAGAUUCAGUCCCGUCAGACUGGGUGGAGUUAUCUGUGGUACAGAGAUGGAGCCUCUUUCAACAGUGAGGACUCCAGUAGUGGAAAUAAGUUCACAAUCCCUGCUCUAGAUCAGUCACACAGUGGAAAAUACUCCUGCAGAGGGAAAAUACCAGGAAGAGAUGUUUACACUGAAAAUAGCAAUGAUGUGACACUGACUGUAGAUGCACUCCCACCCGUGGUUCUGACUCUACAGACUGGAUGGACAAACAUCUUUAACAGAGAGAGAGCGGCUCUGCACUGUCACAUUCAGGACCGCUCUGCUGUGUGGAUGCAUAAAUGGUACCGAGAUGGACAAGAACUUCCUGUGGGCACAGCUGAGGACGCCUAUGAGAUCCUGUCUGCUGUUCAGUCAGAUGCAGGAACAUACACAUGUCAAGGACAGCAUAAGGAAAGAGUACUGUACACAGGCAUCAGCAGUACAGUUGCACUCAAAGUUAAUGGGGAGGCCCCAAAACCCCUGCUGACUCUGGACCCCCCCAGUGGAGAGAUCUUCACAGGAGAUACAGCGACCCUAAGAUGUAGGGCUGGCACAGAUCCUGCUGGCUGGGAGUAUCUGUGGUACAAAGAAACACAGGGAGCAGCACUGACCAGCACUGACUCCAGCAGCACUGACGGGGCCAGUUACACCAUCCACUCUGCUGCAGUUUCACAUGGUGGAGAGUACUGGUGCCGAGCAGGGAGAGGGAUACCCGCUUUCUACACACCGUACAGUGACUCUCUCCAGCUCAACAUAACUGCUCGUCCUCAGGCUGUGCUGACUCUGGAGACUGCGUGGACAGAGAUCUUCAGGUCAGCCAGUCUGACUCUGAGGUGUCAGGUUGAGGGGAGCUCUGCUGAGUGGAACUACACGUGGUACAGAGACGGACGGCAUCUUCCACUGGACCCCAGCGGGGACAGACUCACACUCACCGCUGGAAAUGACUCUUACAGUAGUGAAUAUAAAUGCAGAGGAAACAGAACAGGCCAACCCUCUUACACAGAGAUCAGCGAAGGAUUCAGAGAAAACAACAUUGUCCUAAAGCGGAAAGUUCUGGUUUCUGUGGCCAGCUCAGUCUUGCUCGGACUCAUCCUCACAGCCCUGGGCUGUGUUUGCCUGAGAAAGAAAAGGAAGUUGGCUUACAACACGACACCACAGGAUGACAUGUUUUUCUCAAAGCCACCCACAGAAAACCUGAAGUUGGAUAGUGGACAUUUCAGUGAUGUUGAGGAAUCCACUGAAACAAAAGCUGCCAGCAGCAUUGAAAUUUAUUCUACUCUGGGCAUGAAAAAGAGGGUUGAAGUACUCCCACCAAAACAGGAUCUGGAUGAGCUCACAUCAUUCAAAGCUGACCAGUGAAGAGAAAAAACAUCUGACUUAGGACCAGUGUUAGGACGUGGUUGUGAUCGCAAAGGAAGAAGUGAGGAUUUUAUUUCAUGUAGGAAAACAUCAUCCAUCCCAUGGUUUCUGAGAUGACUGUAGGUGUAUCCACUGAUCCCUGAGUAUACGUUUUUCCUUUAGGUUAGAUACUUGUGUUUGAUUUUAUUUUUUAUUAAUUAGUAUGGUUGCUUCUGAAACCCACUACUGGUUCUCUUGCAUACUUAUUAUAAUUCUUCUUGUUUUCCUUCUGUCAGAAUUUCUACAUGCUACUUCGACUACAGAUUUUAAGCUCGACAUGCCAUUCUAACUUCAGAAUAUUCAGCUUGGUUCAUUGCAGUGUGCAUGUUCAAAGCUUUUUAAAAUUGCAAGUAGUUUUGGAAAUGUACUGUACUAUGUACUGCAUGUUCAAACCCCAGCCACAUU